GCACUACAAAGCCCUAUGUAGAGGCGGUUGUGUCAAAUAUCCUCUUUAGUGCAUUUCAAUGAGUUGGCAUCAGCCUGGUCUCGAUGUUAGUGCUGCCCCAUUACACCCGAUCACACCUCAUGGUCUCCUAUCAAGUGGGUAUAUUUCUGGAUUUGACCAAAGUGCAAGCGGUAUAGAUUCGGAAAAUGCGCUCUUAACAGAACAGCGCGCUCAGUUGACUGGAAGAGAACUUCAGCAACUCCUCAGUGUAGCUCAUCAAAGUUUAGAUGAAGCUCAGGAAAGAAAGCAGUCAUUAAAUAGUCAUAGGCUCAAACCUGCUUUAUACAGUGUAUUUUGUGAAAUCAAGGAGAAAACAGCUCUGAGUCUUCGGAACUCCGCUGGUUCUGCCGUAGAGGAUGAAGCUAAUUCACCGGACCCACAGCUCUUACGUUUGGACAAAAUGUUGGUUGCUGAAGGUGUGACUGGUCCUGGUGGUAGCUUAAAUAAUGAUCUCAGUGAUGGUCCUGGAGACUUGGGAGGUGGACCAGGUGUUGGUUUGGGACCUGGUGGUGUCGGUGAUUGCAAUCAAAUUGAACAUGCUGAUUAUCGUGCCAAAUUAUCACAGAUCCGUCAGAUAUAUCAUGCAGAGCUGGAAAAGUAUAAAAAUGCAUGCGAUGAAUUCACAGGACAUGUCAUCAAUUUAUUACGGGAGCAAAGUCGUAGUCGGCCUAUAAGUCCAGCUGAGAUUGAACUCAUGGUUGGCAUAAUUCGGAGGAAAUUUCGAGCUAUUGAAACUCAGUUGAAACAAAGUACUUGUGAAGCAGUUAUGAUACUGCGGUCCAGAUUUUUGGACGCAAGACGCAAACGUCGAAACUUUAGUAAAGAAGCCACUGAAGUACUGAAUGAAUAUUUUUAUUCUCAUCUGGCUAAUCCGUAUCCUUCUGAAGAAGCCAAAGAAGAGUUGGCUAAAAAAUGCGGGAUAACAGUUUCACAGGUCUCAAAUUGGUUCGGAAACAAGCGCAUUAGGUACAAGAAGAAUAUCGUGAAGGCUCAAGAAGAGGCGAAUAUGUAUGCUGCCGCAACUGCAGCAGCAGCAGCUGCCGCUGGCUCAGUAGCUUCUGGGCCUGGUGGUCCGACAUCAUCUGAUGAACAUUCUGUUGGAUAUGGUCAUCCUGGUUAUGAAUACGAUGACUCCAUGGGUCUUCAAAGACCCCUUGGUCAAUUGUCGUGUCCAGCGGAUCAUGAUUCUUGGAUGACUGGGGGAGCUGGAGUUCUAGGACCAGGUGGCUUAGAUGAACCUGACUGUAAACGCAGUAAACUUUGAGUACAUUUAUCUUUAUGAAAUAUCCCUACAAAUCAGGCUGGUGAAGUAAUUCUAUAGCCUUAUUUUACAGUUGAGGAAUGUCUUUAAUGCAGCCAUGUUUUCAACAAAUUUCUGUUUCUUUGCUUCUGAUAACUUUUAUCACUCAUGCUCAUUUCAUACAUAUAUUUUGUAGGUACACAAAGUAUCAUGCAAUCCAAUUACAUUUGGAUCUUUUUGUAUUCAUAUUGAGCUCUGUUGGUUUUUUUCCCGUUCCUCUUCCCAUAUUCGGUUUCUUUCUCUCUCUCUCUCUCUCUCUCUCUCUCUCUCUCUCUCUCUAUAUAUAUAUAUGGCAGUGUUUCUGGAUGAAAAUCCAUGAUGUUUGCAGUCUUGUUCUAACUAUGUAAUGUGUGUUCUUUUCUUCUUGAUAGUUAAAAUGGAUUGCUUUGUUAAGUAUGUAACUGUUCACUUUGGAAUCUGGUACCAUGGUAAUACUUUUGUUUUUAUUGGUGUUGUUACUCUUAAUGUCGUCGACGUCCUUAUCUCGGUCAUUUGUCAAUGACAUCCCUUUGGCAAAGGCACUACACAACUGUAAUACCGUUGUUUUUAAUCUCCUAUUUGCAGUUCCAUGUUUCUACUUUGCUGUUAUGAUCUCUGCUUUUAUUUGUAAUUCAUUAGUGGUUAAUUUUUUUCGUGAUUUUGUUUGUUGAUUGUUUUUUUCUUCGAAGUGCACUCUCACCAUUUUGUAAGUUCUAUGUUUCAUAAUUGUGUUGUGAACGGAUUCUUUUUUCGUUUACUUUCAAUAAAACAGUCUUAUUGCUGCCUUACUAUUAUCAAGAUAAUUAUUAAUGAUUGGAAGGGGAUGUCUCAAUUCUCAGACGGACAUUAAAAUUGUUCAAUACUCAACUUAUUUCCUUUUGAGAUCUUCUCAACAAUUCAAAUUUUCAUCGGUCGGAUAGCGUAGUAAUGCUAUUAUUUUAAACUUAGGAGGUCAUGUUCUCUAAUUUAUACACCAGUGUGGAUUACUGAUAAUAUCAAGUUAGCUGAUCACCACAAAAAGCAUCGUAUUAUGUACUUUUCUAACGAUGGAUUUGUGAAUUGAGUAUAUUUUUUUAUUUCCAAUUAGCGUUGAUUUCUUGCAAAUCAAAGAUGACUAAGCCUAUUAGAUUUGUUUAUUUGAUAUAUAACACACAAUGGUACAGGUUUAUUUUACUUGACGUUUCGAGCAUAAAUUAUUGCUCAUGAUUAAAGCAGUGUAAUCACACCACUUUCAACAACCAACUUUUAUAUUCCUUCCACCUCAUAUUUUCUGUGUUUACUAGUAGUAAAAUUGUCCAUAUCUCUGUUAUAGAUGUUGCAUCAUUCCCACUAGAUGUGUUGGCUAUUGAUUCGAUGAACAAAGAUUCAGUAAUCAAUCUAUCUCUCUACCUAAUUAUAUUGAAUUCAAGUAUAGUGGUUUUAUCCUACCC